AUGUCUUCAACUCCAGCUGCCGAUGUGAUCCCCGCAUCCGAAAUUAUCAACAAGUAUGCAGGCACAAUCGAAGCUGCCAUUAAUUGUGUGGAAAUUCUCAAGGACUUUGGUGAGUGUGUCAUCACCGGCGACGACACCUCGGACCACCUCUGGAACAUCGAGUACAAGACUCCCACGUCCUUCCCGCGCGUUCUGGGGGAGCUUCGCGGCGUUCUCGAGUUUGUUGAAGAACUGUGGCAGCACCAGAGUCUCAAAGAAGCUGGUCAGAUGAGCUCCGCUGAGUCAAUGGAUUGCAACAAGGAAAGAGCCACGAGCCCCAGCAGCAACGACAACGUCAGCCCUACUCCUCUCGACAGUUCGCCGGCGAAGUGUGGAAACAACCACGGCAAUUCAUGUGCUGCUGCUAAAGAGACUAACGUCAUCUGA